AUGGCUGAAUUCCUCAGUUCCUGGCUUGGCUGGUGUUCCUGUGAGGACAAAAGUACCUCGUUCACAUGUGCCUGCCCCCAACCAGCCUUCAGCAAAUCAGAUCUCUCCUUGGUCGUCCUGCUACCAGCUUAUAAGCAGAAGCUGAGGCGUGAGCACCCAAUCAUGUGCCUGGUUCAAUGCUGGACCGCCAUCGUCUUGCGUCACUGCUUCCGCACUGCUGAGUGCACCACGGCCGCUCUGCAGGAGUUUGUAGAGUCAUGUGACAGCUCCAAACUUGACCUGAACAAUGGUCGGAGGCCUCAGCGCGGGGACUUGAUAGAGAUCUUCCGUGACAGCUAUCAGCACUGGGCUGUGUAUGUUGGUGAUGGCUCUGUGGUUCACUUGGUCGUGCCCAGGUUCAACAGCAUCACUGUUAUAACUCAGAGGGGGGCUGUGAGGGAGGAGACUCUGAGGGCUGUGGUGGGAAAUGACCAGUGGCAAAUCAACAACAGCCUGGACUCCACCUAUAGACCCCGCCCAGCUGACGUCAUUGUUACGGAGGCCAGGAGCUGGGUGGGCAGAACGAUAACGUACCACAGCAUCAGGAGGAACUGUGAGCACUUUGCCACAGAGCAACGAUAUGGUGUGUCUGCGUCGCAGCAGGUGGGUGGCACCAUGUAG